CUCUGCGCAUCAAGUUAGAGUGAUUCAGACCACGAUGUUUCGCUGAAAAAAACGCGGUUAUCCGCUCUCUUAUUGACAUAUCAUCGAAAAAGAAAUAUAAGAAAGCUUCCUCAGUAAUAUAAGUUUAUUCCCUUGACACAAUAAUCGUCGUAAAGUUUACAACAACACGUAUAUUUUACUUUAGUAGAAUACAAUGUCCAACUCUUACAUUGUGGAACCACAAGAAACAGGUUCUAAAAAAGAUGAUACUCUUAUUAUUGUGGUCAACGAUGAUGGAACAAUUGCAGUCGACCAAGAAACUUUACAUAAUUUAAUCAUGAAUCAAUCAAAUGCAAAUGUUAGUGUUGUACGAGUUGGACAAGCAGAAGGAGAUUCAGCAAAUGGAGAUUUAACAUUAACAGUAGAUCCACCAGUAUUUGAUACAGCAAUAAGCAAUCCAGCCAAUGUAGUAUCUGGUGCUACAGACACCGGACUUGUUGAUCCAUUUAUGGAAAUGGAUCCUGAGCAGUUAGAGAAGCUUGAAACUGCCUUACAGAGUGAACAAGCUAAACAAAUACUUGGGGAGAAUGUUGCUGCGAUGCUUGAUAUGCUAACAGUAGAAGAACAACAAAAUUCAAUGAAAUACGCAAUCGAGCUUGAUCAUUGUUAUACGAGUCGGACGUCUCCUUCUGAUCCAGAACCAUUGGAUCCAUUACCAGUAGCAAAUUCACCGGAAGAUGAAGAAAUUGAUAUAGCAAACUCUUCCACUUAUCAACAAAUAACAACACCCGCUGUUGUAGAGGAUACUUCUUCUGUAUCAACACAGAUAAAAGUACCAUUAAAAACAAAACCUACUGUUGGUCGUCCAAGAAAAUUAGUAUCUAAUACUCAGCUACCAUCAAGUAGUCCUGGAACAGCUAUUUCAAGAAGUUCUAGUAAUUCUCAAGAUUCUAAAAAGUCCCUUUUAAGGCCUACUGAAGAAGAAGUAGAAAAAGAAGAACUUUCAUCAUCUACUGAGUCUUCAGAUUCAGAAACUUCAGAUAAUGAUUCUGAUUUUGGACCUCGAGGACCCAGAAGAUCCGGUAUUCGUGCUAGAGGUGGACGAAGAGGACUUACGACACGUGGUGGAAGUAUGGCAGCAUCAAGAAGACGUGGAGCAAAUAAAAAAGUUGAUAUUGAACAAGCCCGUAGACUUGAUGCAGAAAUGUCUGUUGCUGUAGAUGCAAUGAAGAAUUCUGAUAAAGUAGAAAGAAUUGAAAAAUUGUCUCCAAAUCAAUCUAAAAAACAACUGAAAAUAAUCCCAAGUAGAAGAAAAGAUGAAUCCUCAUUAAUACGUAGCAUUUCAAACGACUCUCAGCCUUUAGUCGAAAAACCUCUGCAAACGACGAACCAAGUAAAGGCUAAUCUUAUAAAUGCAAAUAUGAUAAAAGGCGAAAUGAUUGUAACAAAACCUGGUCAAAGUAGAAACAAUCAAAAAGUAUUUUUUGUUCAAAAAAAAGUUGUUAUGAAACCAAAUGAGUUGAUAAAUUUAGGAGUUCAGAAGCAAAAUUCAAUGCCCGUAAUGAAAGAUCUUUCAAAAGUGGUAAACCAAAUUCAAACAAAACUUGCAACUACACCCGAUGGCAAACUAAUAUCGAUAGCCUCAAAGCCUAUCGUCCAAACUUCCAUACAGGCGACCCAGCAAGAUCCUAUAGUUAACUCAAUGACUCCUACGCAAUCUCCAGUACAAAAACAAGCGCCAAAACCAUCAUCUAUUUCAUUAGUUAAAGGGAAACCUGUAACUGAUGGAAAAAAAGAUAAAAAGAAAGAAGGACAUGAUUCUUCAUUAAAAUCUGAAGAAUCUUCCAAAAUAAUUCCCGAAGUAAAAUCACCAGAAGCUAAAAAAAUUCAUAAAAAAGACCAAAAGAAAUUUCCAGGAAAUUUUGUUGAUACUCUGGGUCCGGCACUUUUUUCUACACCAGAUAUUAUUAGAAGAGUCGGUUCAGUUGGUGAAUCGAAAGCUUCUGACUCUAAUCCUUCAUCAGUAGCUAUAACUUCAGGUGAUAAAAAAAUGUCUAACGUAUUAGAAAAGUCUUCCGAUGUUAAUACGAAAAAUUCUCCUGUAAAAACUGAUCCUUCACCUUUUUCAAAUUCAGAAAUGUCACCAGAUACCAGUAAAUUAUUGACUGAAUCUACUGCCAGCUUAGGUAAUGAUCAAAUAAAUGACGCUUCAGCAAUUUUAAAUGCUGAAGAACAAAAAUUAGAAUCAAAAUUAUCUAAUAGCGAUGAUAUCCAACCUCCUUUAGACCCUGCAUCAAAUACCGAAGCUAGGGAAGAAAUUGCGCGUCCUUCAGAAGAUUCUGUUCGAAAUAUAAUUUCUGACCAGAGUGGAAUAGAAGGUGAAGAACAUCUUUUAGCAACAUUAGAAAUGGAAGCAAGUAAACAUGAAGAAGAACUUCUUGCUGAAGCUCUUCUUCUUCAAGAACAACUUGAUGUAGAUUUAACUGAUCCAACUGUUUUGGAUGGACCAACAUCAGCUAUUCCAGAACCACUUUUAUCAGCAUCAUCUUUUGAUGCGGAAAUACUACAAAAUCCAGAUGAAAGCUCAGAGAUAUCAUUAAUAAAAAGCUCUGAACCACCAAUAUCAAAAAGUAGCAGUGAUCUUUCUCAUCAUCAGUUACUUGAUCAGGGCAAUAAAAAAGAUGGAAAAGAUGUGAUUCAAAUUAUCAGAGGAGGAAGGGUGAUAACACUACCACCGAUAGAAGCCCCAGCAACGAGAAGUAAAAGAUUGCAAGCCAAAGCGGAAGUAUCUCCAAAAAGCGAAGAUAGAAGAGAAAAUAAAUUUAAUAAACAAAUCGAUGACAUGGAUUCUGAUGACGAAGAAGAAGCAAAUUCUGAUUCCGAAGAUGAUCCUAAUAGACUAUGGUGUAUUUGCAAACGACCUCAUGAUAAUAGGUUUAUGAUUUGUUGUGAUGUAUGUGAAGAUUGGUUCCACGGAAAGUGUGUAAAUGUUAGUAAAGCUAUGGGAAAACAAAUGGAAGAUCAGGGAAUAGAAUGGGUUUGUCCUAAUUGUUUGAAGAAAAAAUCACCAGAUACACCAGUAUCUAAAGUUAAAUCGCCAGGUGGAAAAUCUUCAAAAAUCACAGAAUCUCCUUCAUCAAGUCAUAAUGUUAGUGACAAUUCUGGAUCACAAUCCGAUAAACCAGUAAAAGCAGUUUCUGACGUAAAACAAAGUUCUGCGUCUAAUUCAAUACCAACUCAGUGUGUAGUGUGUAAAAAAGAAGCUAGAUCUUCAAGCAUUUAUUGUUCAGAUACGUGUAUAUUAAUGCAUGCUCAAGAGACAUUAACAAAAGACAAACCAGUAAAUCAGCAAAUACCAUCAAAAACUGUUAAAACGAGUGCAGAUGUUCCUACUAAACCAUCUUCUGAUGCGCGUGUGAUAGUUUUUGAACGAAGAACUGGAAAAGUUUUAACGGGUGUUGAUGCUCCAACUACUUCAAAUUUAAAAACAUGGCUUAAAGAACAUCCCACCUUUGAAGUAGUUCGACCUAAUAAUUUAAAUACACUUCAGAUUGGUGGGAAGACUAUUACUGCUAUUCAGACACAUGGAUCGGGAAAAAUCACUAAAAUUCAACAACAAUCACCAACUGGGCAACCUAAAAUGGUAUAUGCUAAAGUCGUAGGAUCAAAACAAACUAUUUUAGCUCCUAGUAAAAAAGUAACUGUGAUUUCCAGCUUAUCAAAUCCUAAUCUUAUUGCGAAAAGUGGCCAAGUAAAACAAAUUUUUGUUACUUCACAAAAAUCUCCUACAAUUUUAAAGCAAACGACAAUAAAAACUGUUCCACAACAAUCAAAUAAAUCUGUCGUACAAAUUAAACAAUUGCCUGAACAAAAAAUAAAAAAAUCAGAACCAAAACCAUCAACAUCUAUUGCAAAAUCUCAGCCUAAACCUACGGUGGUUAAAAAAUCUGAACCGGAACCAAUUAGAUUGAAUGUACGGAAAACUUUAGCAGAACUUUUAACAACUCGAAUUAAAGAAACAGAAGAUUUAAAAUUAAGUGACGAAGACAUUACAGACCUUGCAUUAAAAAUUGAAUUAGAGCUUUAUAAAUACUUUAGAGAUACUGGAUCUAAGUAUAAAGCAAAAUAUCGCAGUUUAGUAUUUAACAUAAAAGACACAAAAAAUUUAACAUUAUUUAGAAAAAUUGCUGAUAGAUCUUUAACUCCGGAUGCUGUUGUCAGAUUAAGUCCUGAAGAAAUGGCAAGUCAAGAGUUGGCAGAAUGGAGAGAAAAAGAAACAAAACACCAGUUAGAAAUGAUAAAGAAAAAUGAAUUGGAUUUGAUGGCACAAGCAAAAUCCAUUGUAGUAAAGACUCAUAAAGGGGAACAAAUAAUAGAAAAUGAUGGUGGAAUUGGAGCCGUAGAUCCUAAAACGCCAGUUCAAGAUAUUGUAACAGCUUUGAAUAAUGCUGAUAAUAAAAAUUCAGAGAUCUUGGAUGACAAAGAGGAAACUUCAUCUUCAAUAGAAGAUACUAAAAAAAUAAAGCGUGAUGAGAGAAAAGAUAAGGAUCGUAAAAGAGAUAAGGAUGAUCAUAGGUCAAGGAACAAAGAAAAAAGUAAAGAUUCUAAAAGAGAUAGAAGUUCAAGUAGACGUCAUCAUAGUAGAGAUAGAAGUAGAGAUCGAAGAAAGAGUAAGGAUGGAAAACGUGAUAAAGAGAGAGAACGUGAUCGUGACCGUGAAAAAGACAAGGAUCGUGAAAGGAAUAAAGACAAGGAAAAGCAAAAAGAUAAAGAAAGAGACCGUUCACGAAGAAGUAGUAAGAGUAAAAGUAUACACAGUACUGGAAAAAGUAGUAGCCAUAAAGAAUAUAAAGAUAAGGAUAAAAAGAAAAGUGAUAAUGAAGAAGAAGCAAAAAAGGAAGGUGAUAAAAAGAAAGAGCCGUCACCAGUGCAAUCAGACAAGCCCAUUGAAGACCGAUUAUGGCGACAUGUUGAAGAAGAAACCACAACAAAUACUAUAGACGGCAAUGAUUCGGAUGUUUCUGAUCGAGAACCAAGUUCUACGGUGAAUAUAAAAACUCCAGACAUCAAUGAAGAGGCAGAGAAAGAAAAAGAAGGUAAUACAGAAGAAGACCAAAUUCUUAAUAAAGAAUCUUCUAAAAAUUCAUUACAAACCGUUUGGAGAGGAUUUGUUAAUAUGGUGGACGUGGCCAAGUUUUUUAUUACAGCUCAAGAAGUUAGCGGAAAUGCUAAAGAUCUUAUGGAAGAUCUUCCUGAUACGGUAGAUGUUAUUGGAAGAAUUAGCCAUGAGACUGUUUGGGAUUAUUUAUCCAAAAUGAAAAAAACCGGAUCAAAAGAAAUUCUUGUUAUAAGAUUGACAGCUGCGAACGACGAGGAAAAAAUUCCCUAUAUCACUCUUUACAGUUAUUUGAACAGUAGAAGUCGUUUAGGGGUUGUUGGAAGUUCGAAAAAUAUAAAAGACUUUUAUAUAAUGCCUUUUUCAAGUCAAAGUCAGAUACCACCCGUAUUAAUGCCAUUAAGUGGUCCUGGCUUCGAAGAUCAAAGACCUCAUCUUCUUCUAGGUAUAAUCGUAAGAAACAAACGUAAACGGUUACCUCAUCCGCCAUUAUUACUGAAUCAAAUCCCACCUAAAAUACAAAGAAAAGAAUCUGAUCGGUCUUAUACUCCUCCUUUAAUUAAAGAAAAAGUAAAUGCUGAUAAAUCAAUCCCUCGAAAUAUUAUGGAUAGUGUGACAAUAUCGAAAAUUGUUCCUGAACUUUCUUCCAAACUUGAUUUAACGUCUUCACCUGAUAAAACUUCUGCAGACAAAAAUGAUGAUGACGAGCCCUAUAGUCCUGGUGAACUUGAUGAUGAUGUAGAAGAUAGUAUAUCUAAUUUGAAUAAUACUAAUAAUUUACUGGCAACUCCGAAAAACACAAGCGAUCUUCAAAGAAAAAUGGAGGAACUCAAUAGACAGAUCGAAGAGCAAAAGCAACAAAUACAGAGUAUUAGUUCAUCCAUUCUCAGCGAACCAGUUUCUACUUUACCGGGACUUGGUCUUGAUCCACCAGGUAUUGGGACCAGUGAUUCCAAUGAAGCUUAUAGCCCUACUGAUGUACGUUCAUUCACUCCACCUCCUCAAGGACUUGCCAAAUUUGCUCAACCAAUUCUCGAUAAAGUUUCUGAUAUAACUAUUCCUCCUAAUCUUCAAGAAAUUCUAGCGAAUGUUAAACGUCAAGAAACUUCUAAAGUUGAUCCUUAUUUACCUACUAAACCUGGUGCAUCAUUUUUAACUUCCGCUAAUUUAUCGAACUAUCAAAAGCCGGAUAAAACUUAUAUGCCAACAACGGUUGCUAAAGAAAGCAAAAGUACUUUAAGGUCUUUAAGUGAUUUAGAUUUAAUAAAAAAAGCUGAAGAAGAAUUAGCAGCUGUCGCAGCAGCUUCAAUGUCUUCAACUACCGUUGUACCAAUCACUGAACCUCUUCCAUCUCCUGCAGAAGUAGAAACUCCAACUUUCUCUUCAUCAUCAUCCAUGGAUUCGUCAGAGGUUAAUUAUUCUAAAAGUUUUAUAGAUCCUGUGCAAGCUAGUCGUAUUUCCGAUCAACCUAAACCACCAGGUCUCGAGGACGAAGAUUUUCCAAUAUUUCCAAGUACUCCACCACCAUUUAACUCUAUGCCUAAAACUGGAGUGAUUUUAAAUAUCAAACGCAAGGGAGAUGAUGAUACCAGCUCAUUAUCUACUGCUAAAGCUCCAAGAACAAAGUCAAGAUGGGGUCAAGGACCUACGGAUUAAAGAUAAUUGAAUGCAAAUUUUUUCUGAAGAUUAUAAUGAUUAUAUAUUUUUUAUGUUGAUGAAAAGCGAAUUAAAAGUAAUCAGUAGUUAUUUACUAAAUAGAAAAAAUGGACAUUACGAUGAAAAUAUGUUUAAUAUUACUUUUUUUAAUUAAAAAAAUUGAAAGGCUAUUUUGCCAUGAGAGUAAAAAUGGCAUAAAAUAAUAGCAUUUGUAUGAUUGUUUUUUUUUUGUAAAUACCAAAGUUAGUAGCAGACAACCCAGUUAUGAACAGUACUUAUUAUAUAUCUUUUUUAUGCUUACUGAAAAAAAAGUUAGUUUUUGUCUGUAAAUAGUUAAAAAAAAAUGAAGAUUAAUAAUCAUUGAAGACGAAUCAUUCAAGGAAGUCAGAUCGGUUGUUAUAAAAUAUUUUACAUAUUUUGACAAAAUAUUGUAAGACAAUUUAAUGAAAGGAAAUUAAUUUUGAAAUAAAUAAAAAGUAUAAAGAAAUGUUAAGGUGAGAAAAAAUGAAGUAAAAACCGUGUAGGUAUAAUUUGAAAAGAAAACUUGGCUGUGUAUAUACUGAAAAAUAUUUAUAAUUCAAUUUAUUUGAUUACAUUUAUAUACUCUUAUCAAUGCGAUAAUUGUCUGUAUAAUUCAUUUUCAUGGUUAAGAACUUCAUAAUGAUUUUUUAGUCAUUUUUCCAUUUAUUUUUCAUCUGAAAAUGACAUGUAGAAAUUUUUAAUAAAAAAAUGUACUAAGAA